AUGGCUACCCCCAGUGUCCUCACCUUUGACGCUGAGGGCAGGGCCAUCGACUUUGACGUGUGGGUAGACGAUCUGCUGCUUUUCCUACAGUGCGACAGAGCUGACGGCCUCUCUCUCUUUGAUCUCACUUCUGGUGCCUCUCUCGCCCCUGCUGCUACUGAGGAUGCCACUGUUCGCUCACAGUGGGCCACACGCGAUGCUGCUGCACGUCUUGCUGUGCGUCGCCACCUCCGCCCCGCUGAGCGUGCACACUUUGGGUCGUACAAGAGUGCUAAGACCUUGUACGACGCCGUUAUUGCACGCUACUCCACCCCUGCCACUGCUGCACUGAGCCGCCUCAUGCUACCGUACCUCUUUCUCGACCUUGCUGCUUUUGCCACAGUCGCCGACCUCAUUACCCACCUGCGCACUAGUGACGCUCGCUUCCGCGCUGCAUUUCUCGCUGAGUUCUGCGCCAAGAACCCCCCCCCCCCCCCAGGGUGUUCCCCCUCCCCCCUCCUGCCCUCUGUCGCCUCUGCUGCCACGGCCGACCUCGUUGGUUUUGAGUCGGUCGGUGCGGCGUCUGCCCCCAGUUGGAGACGUCGCUCUGGCAAGAGCAAGGGGGGCGGGGCGGUGGGGGAGGCGGCGGGGGCGAUGGAGGCGGCGGUGGAGGCAGCGGAGGAGGUGAGGGUGGUAGCGGGAGUGGCGGCGGGAGUGGAGGUGUCAGCGGCGGCAGUGGAGGCGGGGGCGGCAGUGGCGGUGGUGGUGGGGGUGGAGGCGGAGGCGGUGGUGGUGGCGGCGACGGUGGGGGUGGCGGUGGCGGUGGAGGUGGUGGCGGCGGCGCCGGAGGAGGCGGCGGAGGGGGCGGCGGCAGUCGUGGCUCGUCGCGGAGGAGUGGCUCCGGUGGUGGUCAGCGCCAGCAGCAGCAGCGUGGUCAGGAGACCCUCUCCCCGCAGCAGCUCCGUGAGUGGUACGCUGCACGUCAGAGGGCACUGCUUCGGCCGCCUGACUGACGCUUGGCGCCGCCACUUUCCUGACGCCUCUGAGAUCCCUCGCUGGGACCAGCUGUAUAGGGCAGGAGUAGCUAUCUUUGAUCUUGACUUUGAUGCUAUUCUUCGUGCCAUGUAUGCUGUAACUAUUAGUGAGGAGGGUGACUGUUACCGGUGUUUCCCGCCCGACCCGGGCAUUGGUACUGCGGCUCCAGGUGCUGUUGAGGCUGCUACUCCAGGUGCUGUUGAGACUGCUGCGCUAGGUGCUGUUGCGGCUGCUGCUCUAGGUGCCAGUGAGUCUGUGUCCCCAGGUGCUGGUGAGUCUGCUCUCUCAGGUACAGCGUCCGCUCCGCCCUCUCUCACCUUCACUCUUGACUCAGGAGCGUCUCGCUCCUUCUUUCGAGACCGCACCACACUCACGCCGCUUAGUCGGCCUGUGGCGGUCUCCCUUGCGGACCCCUCUGGGGGUCCUGUUCUGGCUCGCUACUCCACUGUCCUUCCGUGCCCUGCGGUCCCGUCUGGCUCCCUGUCCGGUCUCUACCUCCCCUCGUUUUCUACGAACUUGGUGGCGGGUGCUGACCUCCAGGAUGCAAGGGUUGACCAGUUCACCCCUGCACGCCGACGAGACACCCACUGCACGGACGCGGACACGGGUCGACACUUGACCACGUUCACACGUGGGCCGGCGUCGAGCCUGUACACCCUCACUGUUCCGUCUCCUCCUCCUGCGUCUGGUCAGGUAGCUGCGUCGGGAUGGGUCACCCCUCCCUGCCCCGUCUCCGGAGCAUGGCCUCUCGCCUUCUUGUCUCUGGCCUUCCCCGGUCCCUCCCUCCCCUUCCUCCGGGGCCUGGCCCUCCCUGUGUCCCCUGUGUCGAGGGUCGCCUGCGGGCUACCCCUCACUUCCUCCCCCUUUCCUCCGACGGAGGCCCCGAUGCAGACGCUUCACAUGGACGUGUGGGGCCCAGCCCGCAUCCGUGGACAGGGUCACGAGCGCUACUUCCUGCUGGUGAUUGACGACUACUCGUGUUACACCACCGUCUUCCCCUUGCGCAGCAAGGGUGAGGUCAUUGAGGUGUUGAUCGACCGGAUCCGCGCAGCUCGUCUCCAGCUCAGGCUGAGCUUCGGCUCGGACUUUCCUGUUUUGCGUCUGCACUCGGACAGAGGCGGAGAGUUCUCCUCCGGCCUUCUGCGAGCCUACUGUCGUGCACGAGGCAUCCGCCAGACCUUCACGCUUCCGGACUCUCCACAGCAGAAUGGGAUUGCUGAGCGCCGCAUCGGCAUUGUCAUGGACGUCGCCCGUACGUCCAUGGUGCAUGCGGCUGCCCCCCAUUUUCUGUGGCCGUUUGCGGUGAGGUACGCCGCGCAUCAGAUCAACCUUCAGCCCAGGGUCUCCAGACCGGAGACCUCCCCAGCUCUGCUGUGGACGGGGAAGGUUGGAGAUGCGUCGGCGUUCCGUGUCUGGGGAUCUCGGGCGUUUGUCCGCGACUUGUCUGCGGACAAGCUGUCUCCUCGUGCUGCUCCUUGCGUCUUCCUGGGUUUCCCCCCUGACGCACCUGGGUGGCAGUUUUACCACCCCAUCUCUCGUCGUGUUCUGUCCUCCCAGGACGUCACGUUCGACGAGUCGGUUCCCUUCUACCGGCUCUUCCUCUACCGCACUCCGUCCCUUCCCCCACCGCCCCUCUUCCUGGUCCCAGACGCGGUCGAGCCUGUUGAGGUCACUGGUGACUCUGGUGCUGCUGCGGGUGCGGAGCCUCGGGGUGCUGAGCCUGGGGGUGCUGAGACUGGGGGUGCUGAGCCUGGGGGUGCUGAGCCUGGGGGUGCUGAGCCUGGGGGUGCUGAGACUAGGGGUGCUGAGCCUGGGGGUGCUGAGACUGGGGGUGCUGAGCCUGGGGGUGCUGAGCCUGGGGGUGCUGAGCCUGGGGGUGCUGAGCCCAGAGGUGCUGAGUCUGGGGGUGCUGCGACUGGGGGUGCUGAGCCCUGGGGUACUGCGUCUCGGAGUGCUGCGCCUGCAGCUUCUGUUCCUGGUGGUUCGAGCCGCGAGCCGCUCUCUCCUCUGGAGCUGCGUGAGUGGUUUGCCCGGCGCUGGAGGCGCGCUGCUGGAGCUGGGGGUGCUGCGGGUGCUGGAGGUUCUGUUACUGCCAAGGGAGCUGGUACCACGGGUCCCGGAGGUGCUCGUACUGAGAGUACUGGAGCUGCCGGGCCCGGGGGUGCCUCUGGAGCUGGAGCUGCUGCGGGUGCUGGCGCUGAGUCUACGACUGUCGGUCCUACUGCGGGUACUUCUGGCGCUGCUGGAGGUGCUGGAGUUGGAGCUGCUACUGGUGCUGGUGCUGCCUCUGGAGGUGUUGGUGCUGUCCCUGCUGUCUCUGGCGGUGCUGCGCGGCCUCGGCCGUACUUCGUUCCGCUCCUCCAGCAGGUUCUUGGUCUCCCGCCUUCCACUGGUUCUUCUCCUCCCGUAGAGUGUCCACGGCCUGUCCUGUCGCACGUCGUGAGCCUGCGUCCCGCCCUGCGUCGCCAGUCCGAGCUGCUCGCCCUUGUGGUCACGGUUCGCGUCAGCGUCCUCCCUGGCACACACCAGAUGUCUCUGCGUCCGUCCACUGCUCCUCUGCGUGCCCCUUUGCCUUCUCCUCCUGAGUCUUCUCUUCCUACUCUUGCCGACCCGGAGUCGGACUCUCGCCGUGCUGCCAGUCCUACUGUCACGCGUCUUCUUGCUUCUCUUGUUACUGACCCUUCCUUUGAGUCCGCUGUUGCGUCUGCCCUAGUUGCGGAGCUGGUCGACUUUGCUGCUGCGUGUCGUUUAGACUACGCUGCCAGUCUUGUUGCUGAGUCUGCUGAAUCUGCGUCUGCUGCGUCUGCGUGUGCCUGUCCUCCGUCCGUCGGGGGUGACUGUGCUCUUGGCACGGACGUCCUUGAGGACAGGCAGGAGGAGUUCCAGUGCUUUGCCGCCGCUUUGCCUCAUCUCGUGUCCAUGCUUGUUGCCCCUGAGGGAGACCCGGAUGCUCUAGACAUCCCGACCCCACGCUCUUACGCAGAGGCGAUGGCCGGUCCCUACUCCUCUCAGUGGCAGUCAGCCAUGGACGCAGAGAUGGCUUCCUGGAAGUCCACAGGCACCUACGUUGACGCUGUUCCCCCUCCUGGGGCGAACAUUGUCAGUGGCAUGUGGAUUUUCAGGGUGAAGCGGCCGCCGGGUUCUCCGCCUGUCUUCAAGGCGCGCUACGUGGCUCGUGGCUUCAGUCAGCGACAGGGAGUUGACUUCUUUCAUACUUUCUCCCCGACCCCGAAGAUGACCACUCUUCGGGUUCUGCUGCACAUCGCUGCUCAGCGUGACUACGAGCUUCACUCUCUUAACUUCAGCACUGCUUUCCUGCAGGGUCGCCGGCACGAGGAGAUCUGGCUGCGCCGCCCUCCUGGUUUCACUGGGUCGUUCCCUCCUGGUACCCAGUGGAGCCUCCGGCGGCCAGUCUACGGUCUCCGCCAGGCGCCGCGCGAGUGGCACGACACACUGAGAACUACACUUGCGGCUCUUGGGUUUGCUCCUUCCACUGCUGACCCGUCGCUGUUUCUGCGCACCGACACCUCGCAGCCGCCGUUCUACAUCCUCGUGUACGUCGACGACUUGGUCUUUGCCACUGCGGACACUGCCGCACUCGCCCACGUGAAGUCCGAGCUGCAGAAGAGACACACGUGCACACACCUGGGUGAACUGACAAGCUAUCUUGCCUUGCGGAUCACCCGGGACAGAGCACGCUGCACCAUUACCCUGACUCAGUCACACAUGAUGCAGCAGGUCCUUCAGCGCUUCGGCUUCACGUACUCCUCGCCUCUGUCCACUCCUCUGCCUACGGGACACUCGCUCUCAGCUCUGCCUUCGGAUGAGUCCGUAGAGUCGAGUGGUCCGUAUCCAGAGCUUGUGGGCUGCCUCAUGUACCUGAUAACCUGCACUCGACCUGACCUCGCAUACCCUCUCAGCAUCUUAGCACGCUAUGUUGCUCCCGGCCGUCACCGGAAGGAGCACAUGGAUGCAGCUAAGAGGGUGUUGCGCUACUUGUGCAAUACGUCGGGCAUGGGGCUAGUGCUUGGAGGGCGUGAGCGGCCUGUGCUCACUGGGCACUCAGACGCUUCUUGGGCUAACGACCAGGCUACUCAGAGGUCGUCUCAGGGUUACACCUUCAGUCUUGGCUUUGGCUCUGUCUCUUGGCGCUCUACUCGCUCUUCUUCGGUUCUCAGCUCCAGUUGUGAGGCUGAGAUCUACGCCACGGCCAUGGCUGCCCAGGAGCUGCGUUGGCUCACCUACCGGCUGACUGACCUUGGAGAGCGGCCUCGUUCUCCUCCACUGCUGUACGUCGACAACAAGGCAACCAUUGCUUUGUGUCAGGAGCACAGACUAGAGCACAGGACGAAGCACAUUGCUCUGCGCUACUUCCUUGCUCGAGAGCUGCAGCAGCGUGGUCAGCUUCGCCUGCGUUUCGUGGCCACUGAGGCCAACACUGCUGAUGUGUUCACCAAGGCACUUCCGCCUCGUGACCAUCAGCGCUUUUGCACUCUGCUAGGUCUUGUGCCCAUUGGGCCUCACUAG